AUGCAGCAAGUUCCCAUCGACGAAAUCGACCAGGUGUUUGCGCACACCACCAAUUUGGCCUCGUGCAACCUCAACAGCAAGGUGUUGGCUUGCUCCAAUGACUAUUUCGCUUCCGCCUCCAAUCUCUUAACCCCAACACCCGCAAUCUCACGUCCUGGGGUAUUUGUCCACACCGGUGCCUGGUAUGAUGGAUGGGAGACGCGACGCCACAACCCCGAACCCUAUGACUGGGUGGUGAUCAAGCUAGGCGUCUCUGCAGCCGCCAUUCAGGGUAUCGAGGUCGACACGGCCCAUUUUAAGGGCAACUACGGAGAGAAGGCGGAGCUGCAGGCGACAUACGCACCUGAGGGCAGCGGCAUCACAGACGAUCAAAUCGCCAGCCCUAGCUAUGGUGGCUGGACAACACUGCUGCCAGCGUCGCCAUGCGGGCCCUCGCAGCGCCAUGGGUGGAAGCUUCCAAGUGUUGCGGCCCCGUACACCCACGUGCGCCUGCUGAUGUAUCCCGACGGCGGUUUUGCCCGCUUACGCCUGUACGGUCAUGCUAUCCCGCCAUCCGCCCCGGCCGUCGCGGCCAACCAGGCGCCCAUUGAAGAGCUCUCAUCCGCGCUCCUGGGCGGUCUAUCCCUUGCCGCCUCCGAUCAACACUUCACCCCAGCCUCGAACAUCCUCCUGCCCGGCCGCGGCAAGGACAUGGGAGACGGAUGGGAGACGGCUCGCUCGCGCGGCGCCGGUCACGUAGACUGGACUGUUGUCAAGCUGGGCUUGCCGGGGUCCGUGGCCCAGGUCAUCGUUGACACCAAAGACUUCCGCGGCAACUUCCCGCGUGCCGUGCGAGUCCACGGCUUGGUUGCUGGGUCCGCGGGCGCUGGUGUCCCCCCGGCUGACCACCCGGGCUGGGUCGAGAUCGUCAAAGGCGAUCAGCGUUGCCAGGCAGACACCGAGCACGUCUUUGGGCCAGCGGAUUUGGCUGCCGGGGGUGAGGACACCCGAGUGUUCACACACGUGAAGCUCACCCUGGUGCCGGAUGGCGGUGUCAAGCGCUUCCGGAUCCUUGGCCGGAGAGCAUAA